CACACAAGAUGCUCGGUGCAACCCUCAAUCUCGCUGCCUCGUUUUGCCUCCUAGCAGUCGCCCCUGUGUCUGCUCUGCCUCCACCUCCGCCUCCCCCUGGGUCGGAUUGCCCUCCAAAAGGCCCAAAUGACUACGACUAUGUAGUUGUAGGCUCUGGGCCCGGCGGACUCACCAUCGCGCGUCGUCUUGCAGAAGACCCCGACGUCUCUGUAGCCGUAGUCGAAGCUGGCCCCUGGUCCGAAACGGCAACGGACACCCAGAGUCAGAUUCCAGCCUUCGACUUCUUCUACGGGGGCAAAGACCCCGCCGACACCAAUCCAGCCGUGGAAUGGGGCUUCGUCACAACCCCGCAAAAGGGCAACAACGACCGCUCCACACAUUAUGCAAGAGGAAAAUCCGUCGGCGGUUCAAGCAACCUCAACUACAUGGCAUAUGCCCACACCAACCAGGGCGCCCUUUCUAAGUGGGCCAGCGACGUGGGCGAUUCGGCCUUCGAGUAUAGCAAUGCUCAGCGCCUGUAUCGCAAAAGCGUCCACAUGUGGGCUCCCGACAACACAAAGCGCUUUGCCAAUGCCACUCCGCAAUACGACUUUACGCCUGAUGCUCCCAAUGCCGGGGGGCCGCUGGACGUCGGGUAUGCCAAUUACGGGCAGCCGUUCGCGACCUGGAUAGCCAAGGCUAUGCAGGCCUCUGGCAUUGCCAACGUACCAUCUUUUGUAAAUGGGAAGCUCAUGGGAUCGGCCUACAUAACAGCGACCAUUGACCCGCGAAAUGCUCACCGCGACUCUUCCGCGACAGCCUUUGGUAACCCGCCCAUCUCCAACCUCAAGAUCUUGAACGGCACGUUGGCUGAGCGCGUCUUGUUCAAUGCUGAAAAGAAGGCUACUGGUGUGAGGGUUAGCCCCGCUGCCAACGCCAACAGCACCUAUACUCUGAACGCCUCCAAGGAGGUCAUCAUCUCUGGCGGGGUUUUCCAGUCGCCCCAGCUGCUGCUACUUUCGGGUAUUGGGCCCAAAGACACACUCGACAAGUAUUCCAUCCCCGUCGUAGCUGACCGCCCGGGUGUGGGCCAAAACUUGUUGGACCAUGUCUACUUCGGCGUCUCCUACCGUGUCAAUGUCCAGACCACAUCUUCGCUUCAAUACGGCAACACGUCUGCAGAUGCGAACUCUCAGUGGGCUACCAAUGCUUCUGGUCUGCUGUCGAGCCCAGGAGGCGAUUACUUUGCUUUUGAAAAGGUCCCUGAAAGCUUGCGUACCUCCUUUGCAGAGCAAACGCUCACGGAACUGGCGGCGCUGCCGUCCGAUUGGCCCGAGAUUCAAUACGUUUCUCUACCCGCUUUUGCUGGGAAUCUUGAAAGUUCAUCCGCCGGGUCUCCACCAGAUGGUUACCAGUAUGCGACGUUGCUCGCAGCCUUGAACGCGCCCUCGUCUGUUGGAAAUGUCUCCAUCUCAUCAUCGAACCCUAGAGACCAACCCCUCAUCAACCCCAACUGGCUUACCACGCAGAGGGACAUUGACCUUGUCACUGCUGGUUUCAAGCGUCUGCGCCAGAUUUUUGGGUCGCCCGCUAUAGCCCCCAUCACCAUCGGACCCGAAUACUUCCCUGGCUCCGAGGCCAACGUCCAGACGGAUACGCAGAUUCACGAGCAGAUCAAGCGCAGCUUCCAGACCAUGUUUCACGCUGCGGCAUCGAACAAGAUGGGCAAGUCUAGCGAUAAGAAUGCGGUGGUGGACUCAUCGGGCCGUGUCUACGGUGUCUCUGGUCUCCGUGUUGUAGAUGCAUCCGCAUUUCCCUUCCUGCCUCCAGGGCUUCCCCAAGCUACAGUCUAUAUGUUGGCGGAAAAAGUCGCAGAAGACAUGAAGGGAGGACGUUAA